AUGAAUUUUGAAUCAGAAACAGAGCGUAAUCAGUCUAAUAGGCAAAUUCAUGGGAAUUUUCCGCCUGAAGUCCCUUCAUCAAACGGACAGACAGACAAGCCGGAAUCUGAAAAGGCAGAUAAUCAAGGUACAUCAGAAGAAGAAGAAGAUAUGUUAGAAAAUCAAACAGGAUACAGUAGCGACGACAGUAUUGCGGAUAGAGACUAUGUUCCGGACAAGGAACCUUCAGAUUCCGAUGGUUCCAGUGAUGAUAAUAUUCCAUUGCUGGUAGUGAAAAGAAAAAUACCUACUGAAAGUGAUGAGAUGAAGGAACAAAACAAGCGAAGGAAUGCGAACAAGGAUCAAGACAAACAACCUGAAAGAAAACGAUUAGUAGAUGGACCUUAUACAAGAAAAAAAAGGAAAGAAAGAACAGAAAAUAAAAACACCGGGCAAUCCUAUGUCACAGCAAAAGGCAAGGAAGUUCGAAAGAGAGAAAUGAAAAAUUUGCCAAUCUGUAGAACAAAAUGUCGUGAAAGACUGGUAGAAGAUGUAAGACAGGGCAUUUUCAACGAAUACUGGGGUCUUGGAACUAGAGACAAAAGGGUAACCUAUAUUGCUGAUCAUUCGGAAACAAAAGAAACAGCUGUCAAAAGAAAACGCACUGACGAUCCGGCUAAGUCAAGAAAUCGUCAAGUGAGCCAUUCAUUUCAUUUUAAAAUAAAUGGUGGAAAAGUUAAAGUAUGCCGAGGUUGUUUUAUGAAAAUACUAGAUGAAACACAGAUGUUUAUUACCCUUGCACUUGACAAUUCUCGAUUAUCAUUAUCUGGCAUUGUUCAACCUGACAAAAGAGGUCGCCAUGAACCAAAAAAUAAACACAGUCGAAAGAUAAUUCAAGAAGCAAUUGACCACAUCAAAUCAUUUCCCGCGCACCAAUCCCACUAUACUAGAAGAACAAACGACAAAAAAUAUUUGGCUCCUUAUUUGACCCUUCAAAAGAUGUAUGAACUAUAUAGUGAAAAUAGAAAGGAAAAAGUCUCCAGACGCAUUUACGAGAAAGAAUUUCAUAAACUAAAGCUGGCCUUUAAGAAACCGUAA